CUUGGGUAACACGUGCUCUCUAUUUAUCCGACAUAUCAACAUUUAAUCCGCGUGUGCGCAAUCUGACUUUUGGAUUGACACUACGGGUACAUGCGACCGUUGUUAAAAAAAACCUAAACGUUUCUACCAAUGGGUUCGGCUAAUCGGGCAAAUAUCGGAUAAAACGAACCGGAAGAAUGUUACCAAAUAAAAUCAAUCAAAUGAAAAUAAAAUAAAUGUGAUAUAUUUAAACUAUAGUCAUGUUUGUGAUAUAUGUUUUGCUGAUGAAACACUUUUGAUGUUAAACAAAAAAAAAACUCAAGUGAAAACACUACAAGAUGUUACAGUUAAACCACACGAGGAAGGAGUCCAAAAUACAAGCAAACAAUUCCAAAGGAAAAGCUCAACAGCUGCCAUAUCCUAAUAAGACCUCUAAGAGCAUAAAGACCUCUAAGAGAAAAAGGCUCCCUGUGCCUUGCCCAACUUGUGGCAAGCGUGUAAAGCAUUUGAAAGAGCAUAUUAUGACCCAUGAUAAAAACGCCAAGAAACGGAUACGCCUCCCAAAGCCUUGCCCUAAAUGUGGCAAACAUGUGAAACGUUUAAGUGGACAUUUACGGACACACGCUGCCGACAGUGAAAGACACAAAUACAAAUGUGAUAAAUGUGACGGUGUCUUCUUUACAAUCACAGGAUUAAAAAGUCACGUCAAUUCAAAACAUCGUGAUGAUAGCGUUUUAUGCGAUACAUGCAACAAUCGUUUCAGUUGCCUGGGCCAUUUAAAGAGACAUAUCUGGUAUAAACACAUUCCACGUGAACCGUUGGAAUGCGAUAUUUGUGGCAAGAGAUUUACUUUGAAACAUAGUAUGGAAAAACAUAUUCGUGAACAGCACGAGCAUGUGAGGAAUUUCGAGUGCAGCAUAUGUAAUAAACGUUUUGUCAGGACAACCCACUUGAAGGAACAUAUGGCGACUCACUCUGACAUCGCUUCCUACGAGUGUGGCUUCUGCAAUAAGCGGUUCAAGUUUGUUCAGGGUCUGAACGCUCAUCGGAAAUUUCAUUUGGGUAUCAAGAACUAUAAAUGUGAUGUGUGUGAAAAGGCAUUCACAUGGAGAAAGGACCUUAAACAACAUAAAGUUGUUCAUACAGGGGAAAAACCGUAUCAGUGUGAUCUCUGUGUCCAAGCUUACACCACCUUGCUAGCGAAACAAAAGCACAUGAAGCGGGUCCAUAAAGUCCUAAUCACAUAAAAGGAUCAUGAUGAAUUCACCAUAACAGUAACAAUGGCCAUUUAUGUGUUUGGUAGCGAAAUCAUUUACGACCUCUGAAAAAUAUCCUCUCGUAUGCCAGAAACGAAAGUAUAAUAACAACACAUAUGCGUGUAUUUAAUAUCCCAUAUACCAUUUUUAAGUUGAAAAAUAACGAUAGAAUGGUAAAAUUUUAAUACAAUGUCAAAAUAUGUGUUCGAUACGAUACGGGAAGCGGACAACGACAACGAGCGAGGGGAGAUAACCCUGGGUUAUGGUUAGGGUAAGGGCAAGGGUUAGGGGUCGGGUAAGGAUUAAGGUUAGGUUUAAGGCUAAUCCUUACCCAAACCAGACCCCUAACCCUACCCCUUACCCUAACCCUCUAACCCCCCAUGCGCAUUGCAAUACCAGGCCUCGCUCGUUGUCGUUGUCCGCUUCCCGUUCGUUUGAUACAGGCUUCACUCAGGAUUCUCUUACUGCUAUGGCUUUUUAUGCAACCCAUUACUAUAUUUAUCAAUAGCAAUACUGCUGUCAGAUAAAAUGAUUUAAUAUACGUGCACUCCUCUUUAUUCCAGGGCCCUCACACUACUUUGGGGGAAGGGGUCCGCAGCCCUUAGGAGGGGGAAUUUUCGCGGUGUUUCCCUUUUUGGGGGAUUUUUUUACUUACUCUCUUAUUAUUUCAUUUGUACAUGUUUGCACUAUAUUCAUUGCAUUUUUCAUAAUUUAGUAUGUUUGAAAAGAUUAAAUUGAAAUAGAAUUGAGAUAUAAUA